CCUCUGCUCCUCCCCGCACUUGCUCUCUCUGUAUCUCUAAAAUAAAUAAAUAAAAUCUUAAAAAUAAAUAAAUAAAAGGCAUAAAUCAGACCAUGAUAUGCCCCUGAGAAUGGAAUUCGGCACAGUCAGCUUCCUGCCCACCUCUCUGACCUCAUCUCCCUACUUCUCUGUGCCAGCUGGGUCCCACCCCUGGGCCUUUGCACUCACUGUUACGUCUGCCUGGAAUAUCUUCCCCCCAGAUCUUUGAAUUGGCUGUUUUCUUCUCAUCCUUCACCUCUGCUUAACUAUCACCUCUUCAGAAAGGCCUUUGCCGAUUCCCUUACCCCCUAGUCACCGCCAAUUAUUCUGCCUGUUCUUAUGUGCCUCUUAUCAAACAUUAUCUGAAAUUAUCUCGCUUAUUCAUUUGUUUCUUGUCCAUCCUCUCCCCACCUGGAAUGUUGACUCCCUGAGAUAAGGUCUGUCUUGUUCACCAUGGUCACCUGAGCACCCAAAACAGUGUACGCCACGUGGCAGGUGUUCAGUAAACCUCUGCGAAUAAGUGAAUGAUUCUACCCACAAGACUUCACAGUAAAUCUUCACACUGAGAGAGAGCGCUGGACUCCAAACUGAAGUCGCGAUCAUAAUACUUUGAGAUCUCACCUCUCUUACCCUAAAGUCUAACCUCACCACCCACUAGGCCUUUUCCUUCCCUGACCCAGGCGUAAAGAAUGACUGGGUCAGUUUCCUAGUCAUUAAGGAGGUAGCGAAUGAAAGCUGGAGGAAGAGGCAAGGUCUCACUGUAAGGACCACAGAAAUGGCAUUCGAAGCAAUCUCUCAAAUAGAGUAAAAAGUGCGGUGCCUUUAAAAGGAGAGCUGGAACAUGGACGGGGCGUGGCCAUAGGAAAAGACGUCUCAGGCUGAACCUUGUGGGUGGACUGAGAAAAACCGGCCCCUUCCGUUUACGUAAUCCUAGCAAGAUGGCGGCGCCCAGGGCGCCCCUGCACCUGGUGACGCCAGUAUGGAACCGGGGUACCAGGGGCACUCGUGGCCUGAGCAGGGCAGUGGCCCCAGAGGGCAGUCAGAAGAAGGGGAGGUCCCUGCUCCAGUUCCUGGCUGACCGCUUCUAUGACGUGCAGGCUCUCAGGGAGUACCUGCUCCGAAAGCAGGUGUUGAAGGUGCACCAGAAAAAUCGGCCCUUCACCUACAUCAGGGAGCGCUUCGGUCCCCAUGCCGCAGGCGCCUAUUUCAUCCUGAAGCAGGGAGGCGCGGUCAAGUUUCAGGGCAAGGAGUGGAUCCGGUCAGAUGCGCGUGGCCACUUCUCUCUUGACUUCUUGAAGUUCCAGGCGGUUCCUGUAGAGGCCGUCGAUGCCAGUGGCUGUGCCAUCAACUACCAGGGCCUGGACAGCGUCUGUGAGUGGGCGGAGACGGCGGGGCUGUUCAUUUGCCCUUCGGUGGUGGGCUCCAGAAAGGACCACAGUGCCUCCCCCCCCCCCCCCACAGUGGCCCUGAAGGAGCUCCAGUCCCUGUGGCUGCAGCGCUGUCCCCACGUGGAUGACUGGUGUCUCGGCCGCCUCCACCCACUGGCCAACUCGUUGCAGGAGCUCUCGCUGGCCGGUUGUCCCCGAAUCUCCGAACGGGGCCUCGCCAGCCUCCACCACCUGCAGAACCUCCGCAGGCUGGACAUCUCGGACCUCCCCGCCGUGUCCAACCCGGGCCUCACGCGCAUCCUGGUGGAGGAGAUGCUACCCAGCUGCCAGGUUCUGGGGGCUGACUGGGCCCAGGGCCUCCCAUCAGGGCCGGAGGAGCAGUCCCGGGACACGGCCAGCCCCCUCCCUGCCUAGGCCUCGGCCCCCCUCCCCAUCAAGCUGGGCAGCAGCGGGGCUUCCGUCUGGGUUCACUCCACAUGGGGGGGGGGGGGGCGGCCGGCACCGCCACCAGGUCCAAGGGGAGAGCGGGAGGCUGGCGUACCUGUUCC